AUGGCAGCACCCACUGAUAACGCCGACUACGAUGCCGGUGAUAGGUUUGAGAAUGUACCAAGUCAACUUUCUGCUGCUGGGAAUUAUGAUAACUACUAUGGCACAGGACUUCCGACUAGGUGCGUUCUACUUAGUCGCCCUGACAACAAGACCAUGUUGCGGCAACUAGGUCAACCCACUUCUGAAAACAUCUGCUCUACUCAUAUCAUGGUGGGACAAUUCAACUACCAUUCCUUCACCACCUUAAAUGAAAUAGAGUAA